AUGCGCGGAUGGGUAGGACAGUGGGCAGACAGUACGCAGACGCAGCCGACAACUGCAGACGCAGGCACUCAAGCUGAUAAAGAGCAGGAGGGCGGACGGUUGAGUGGGCGGGCGGACGAGCGGCGGGUGGACGAGCAAGCGGACGGAUGGACCAGCGGGCAGGCGGAUCAGCGGCGGGAGGACCAGCGGGCAGCCGGCGAGCGGCAGGUGGACGAGCCGCACAAGCAGCGGCGCGGUGACCAGCACGAAUGGCGCGUAAGCAGUGCGUCUGCAGGGACGAAUGGUGCGUCUGCGGGUACGAACAGCAGCGUAUCGACCAGCAGGGUCCCUGCGGAAUACACGGGCAGCAUCAUGCAUAUCAUGAUCAUCGACGGUGUCGACUGCAGCCCGUACGUCCCCUCCGCCUCGUCUCAAACACUGUCGCUGACACUUGACCUCCGUGGGAAGCUGCAUGCGCACUGUACCUGGUGCUCCAGGAGCCUACGAGCCGUCGUCUACGCCCGCGAACCCGAGCUUGGUGAGCACAGCGUGGAGCAUGCCGCGCCCGGCCUGUAUUGGCUUGCUGCGGCUCGCACCCGCCCACCAUCUACGAUUUCGCUCUUUGCCGUCCCACAUAUAGAGUCGUCGGCAUUCACGACCACGACCUCCCCACGGCUCUACUUCUCGGAACUGUGGCUGCAUGCACCACCUCACCAUGACGUCCCCGAGCGCAUCGUGCAGGUCGUGGAAGAGUGCAAGUGCGGGACGAAGCGCACCUCGACAUCCCAAUACCCUAAGCUUAUAAGCUUGACAGACGGGGGUCCCCUGUCAAGCUACACCGCGGGUUCGCGACCGGUACUACUGGAUAUGGUGUUAGAUGCUGCCGGGGCUAUCGGGCCUGUUAUCUACUGCGAUAAGAUCACCGUCCCGCCCUCGGGCGCCGUCGCUCCUGGGCCGAGUCCCGCUCCCCUCGGCGUUGUCUCGGCGGCGCUUCCCCGCCUCCCACGCGCCAUCGCGCGCGCUGUCGUCCUCGUCGUCGGCCACAACGACGACGACUAA